AGCAAGUCAAUAUAGCGGUGUCGGGGAAGUCCAUACAAUAUGGCUUACCGUGUGACUCUUAGCUGUUUUCUUCUGGCUAGUAUUGGAAUCUGCACCGCGACUUUUGGUCAUGAACACGUUCACAUCCGGGUUCAUAUACCGGAAGAACAUCAUUCUUCAAAGGAAGUAGUUGUACAUGAAGAGCAUAGCCAUGGCGGUGGAGGAGGACAUGGCGGACACGGAGAUGGUUUUGCAGACCAUUUACAUGGAGGUUUUAUCGAUCAUCUUAAAGGCAGUGAUCACGGAGGUAGCAGUCAUGGUGGUGGCCACGGAGGAGGCUAUGGAGGUGGUUUUGGCGGUGGUCAUGAUUUCGGAGGAGGUCAUGGAAGCUUCGGAGGCGGUGGAUUCGGCGGAGGUCACGGCAUAGAUGAACACGGUGGACAUGACCUGGGAGGAGGCCAUGGCAGUCAUGAUAUAGGAGGUGGCCUUGAUUUAGUUGGUGGUUAUGAUCUUGGAGGUGGCCAUGGAGGUGGCCACAGUGGUGGCCAUGGAGGCGGUCAAGGAGGCGACCAUGGUUACGGAGGUGGACAUGGAGGUGGCCAUGGUCUGGGAGGAGGACAUGGAGGUGGCCUUGGAGGUGGUUAUGGAGGAGGAUAUGGCUUAGGAGGGGGACAUGGAGGAGACCAUGGAGAUAUUUAUAGUCUGGGAGGCGGACAUGGUGGUGGAUUUGGUGGUAGUCAUGGCAGUGGUUUUGGCGGAGGUCAUGGCGUUGCCUCUGGAGGCGGGCAUACUGGAGAUAGUUACAGCGAUGGCCACAGUGGCGGCCAUGGGGGAGGACUAAUUGACAGCCACGGAGCUGGAUUCGAAGGAGACAUUGGAUACGGCGGUGGUCACAGCAGUGGAUUAGAUUUUGGUGGCGGUUUUGGCGGACACGGUGAAGGUCACGGUGAUCAUAAUAGCGGGCAUGGACUUUCAGAUAGUUACAGUAGCCUAAACUCAGGAUACCAAAGUCAUGGCUCUGGGGGAUUCGGAGACUUUGGAGGAGGUGGUCACACUGGGGGUCACGAUAGUUAUUCAACUCUAAACUUAGGUUCCAUAAGUGGCAGCCAUGGUGGUGGUUAUGAUAGUGGCCACGGGGGCGACAGUUACAGUGGAAAUAGUCAUGGUCAUGGAGGCGGUGGUUUUGGUGGCUAUGAUAGCUACAGUAUUGGUCUUGGAGGAUCUGGUGGUUAUGGAGGCGGUCAUGGAGAUGGAGGCGGUCAUGGUGGUUUUGGAGAUAGUUAUACGAACGCAUUAGGCGCCGGUCAUGGAGGUGGCCCAUACCAUAAAAAAUAAGAAUAACAAUUAAAUUAAAACUACUUUUAACCCUAAGUCAACGUUUUCGCUGAUAUAUGUAGAUAUGUCCAGUAUUACAGUACAAUUGUUGUUUGUAAAUAAGAUUGUUAUAUUGUACUUAUUGUUAUGUUUUAAAUAAUUAUAAAAUAUUUAAUUUA